CGUGUUUUUACAUUACGUUUGUUUUUAUUGUAAACAUUGACUUUCAAACCAAAACCGAUUGAUUUGAAAUCAAUUGUUAAUCACGUUUUCAAUUAAGAUUAGACACAAUUAAGUGUUGAUUCAAUUAUGUUUCGACACAUUUAUACGCGUUUUAAUGGAUCUCAUGUUUUGUCAAAUGUGAGUUAUUUGCAAAAUAUAGCGACAAAUCAAUACUCAACGAGUCGUCCGCUCAUUGAAAAAGGCAUAAAUCAAGUGAUACUAAUGGGUCGGUGCGGCGCCGACGCCCUCAAGAGGGGAACCGAUAGCCGACCGGUCGUUAUCUUCUCGUUGGCCACACAUUCACACUACAAGAAUCAGGAGACGGAUGAAUUGCAACAGAAGACUGAUUGGCACAGAAUAUCAGUCUUUAGGAAUCACUUACAGGACAAGACACUCAGCUUUGCGAAGAAAGGGAGUCGUCUCUUAGUUCAGGGAAGGCUGUCGUACGGAGAGGUGACGGACGCCAAUGGGAACUCACAUCAGAUCACGAGUAUAAUCGCCGAUAAUGUCAUAUUCCUGUCAUCAUCUCAUGGCGUCAACGAAGAGGACACCGACGACGAAGCCUUAGAGGCAUAAUCACUGCUCUCAACCAAAUGUGUAAAUAAGUUAAUAUUUUUGUCCCUAUUUUAUACUACAAAUUAUGUGAAACAUUGAAAAAUAAUUGUCAACGAAAUACAAAUGCUAUUUUAAAAAGUCUGUUAGGAAAUAGUCAAACAUAUCGUAACACUUGUAGACAUAUUUCACAACAAUAAUGCUAUACUCUAUUGAAUUAUAUCUGUAAUUAUGUUUUAUUGAAUGCAACAAAUCAUUUGUGAAUACAUUAUAUAAGACGAGGAUAUAGUAGUCAUAAAACAAUAGGUUUUACUUUUUGCCCACUUAUUAGCCGACAAUAUAAAUGUCUUCACAAAAUCAAUUGCCAAUUGAAUAGUGUGUUGUCUCGAUGUGAGGACAUGUGGCGACACUAGGCGUGAGUCGGCAACGAUUGUGUGGCGAGUGUGAGAGAGAGGGAGAGAGAGUGUAUGCGUUGGUAAGCAUUGGUUGCUAUGGUUUUGAGUGAGUGUUUUCAUGGAUGUAUUGCAAGGAAGCGAUUGCUGUCCACAACAAUAAUAGACUCAGUUUUGUGUUGUAUUCGAGACUCAAAUCCAUUUAACAUUACAUUCAAUACAUUAUUAUUGCAAAUAUAAUACACAUUA